AUGUUCUGGCGAUUUGGCGGUUACGCCAACAUUUCCACAAUCGAUACCAUCCUAGAGAAGCCCGAGUUCACGGUUGAGGAUUUACUCGACGAGAGCGAUCUAAUUCAGGAGCUCAAGCAGCAUAAUGCGAAACUCAUAGAUUACCUCCGCCAGGAUGAAGUCCUCCAGAAGCUCCUGGCCUACGUUGUAGCACCAAAGCUCGAAGUUGUUGCCCCGCCUAAGAACGACGACACGGAAGAUGAAGAUAAUAAAGGCAAGGGUCUCCUGCGCCCCUUUUCGCGCCCACGAGCCUCUUCCAAGGCUUCCGAAAGCGAUGCAGAGGAGGAGUCAGAGAAGAAGCGCAAUCGGUACGCCUACGUGGCUGCCGAGGUCCUCUCUUCUGACGCUUGGUCCAUCCAUGAAGCCAUGAUGGAGAACAAACCCCUGGUGCGACACUUUUGGACCUUUUUGAAGCGCCCGACACCCUUGGACCCCCUCCAGGCCAGCUAUUUCACCAAGGUCAAUGAGGCCUUAUUUGAUAAGAAGACGGAGGAAAUGAUCGCCUUGCUCAAGUCACUCCCUGACGCAACAGCCGAUCUCCUUCGUCAUGUCGAAUGUCCCAUGAUCAUGGACCUCCUGCUCAAGAUCAUCGCUCUCGACCGUACCGAAGGCGGACAUGGGAUCGUGGAGUGGCUGUACUCUCAGGACGUGAUUCCUACUUUGCUGUCAUGUCUGGGGCCCGAACACAAUUGGGUUGUCCAAACAGCGGCUGGUGACUUUAUAAAGGCCAUCAUCACUAUUUCGGCAAACGCCUCACAGAAUGACCAGCAGUGCAUUGGCCCCAAUGAAUUGACCAGGCAACUUGUCUCUCACCAGUGUGUGGAGCAACUCAUCAAGUAUAUGCUGAGCGGAGGCAACCCUCUAACAGUGGGCGUCGGUAUCGUCAUCGAGGUGAUUCGAAAGAACAACUCUGAUUAUGAUCCGGACGUCGGCGCUGAGACGCACUCCGUUCCGUCGAGUCGGGAUCCGAUCUACCUUGGCACGCUACUUCGCCUCUUCGCUCAGCAUGUGCCUGAUUUCGUCAACCUGAUCAUGCACGCACCUUCGCACAAGCAAAAGAUCAACUCAACCUUCGGCGAGAAGAUCGAACCGUUGGGUUUCGACAGAUUCAAGACAUGCGAGCUCAUGGCCGAGCUGCUUCACUGCAGCAAUAUGGGUCUCCUGAACGAGGUCGGCUCCGAGGAAGUCAUUGCGACUAGAGAUGCUGAGCGCCAACGGCUGAGAACUGAAGGCAAACUGUCUCCUAAUAGGGGCGAGGAAGCGCCGUCAACCAUGGAGGAUAUGACAAUGCGCGUCAGCCAGUCUUCGCCCGAAGAAGGACGACGUCUCGAGGUGACCAACAUCUCGGAUGACGACGGUUUCGAAGAAGUCGAACCCAGCCGCGAGAUGAAUGAAGACACGUCGCACGAGUUUGUCAAAGCCGAGGAAGAGAUUUCCGUUGCGCCCGCAGCAUCCAGCUUCCUGGCGAAGAACGGCGACGAUUUCGUCGAUGAACCCCUUAGCUCGCCAAAACCAGCAGUUGCGGACAUUAAGGCCACAGAACCUCUCUUUGAGGACCCCGACCUCGUCGUCGCCCCACUGUCACCAACCAAAGCGAAGGCAGCCGCACCGCCAACUGAGACUCCACCAGCAGUUUCGGCAGAAUCAGAAUCCAAACAGGAGUUUGAGGAGCUUGUUCAGAAGCCUGAGGAAGCUGCGCAGGUAGCUGCUAAUCGAACCGGCGAGAAUACCUCUGGCGAUGCAGCGGACGAAUUGCUUGACAAGACCACUGUACAAGUGCGACAGCUGGACUUGGACAAAAACUCAAGCGCCUCUUCUGACGACCAGAGUGCCAAGGGUGACGAAACUGACUCGUCCGUCACAUACACUCCCACUGUAUCCGAGCCAGAACAGCUGCCCUCAGAUAAGGAACCCGCACCCCUUGAGGCGGCACCCGCGUCCCUCCACGUCAGCAACGCAGCAGAUGUUCCCGCUCCUCUGUUUGCCAAAUCUGUGAUCGACAAGGAGGAGUUGACAACCGUCGACAAGCUCGACACGGACAAACCACUCCCGGCGCCGCCUGCACCCGAGGCAUCAACGGUUUCCGAUGCCGCUACGCCUCCCAGUUCUUCGGUUGAAGACGUGACGACUGGAGAAACGAAUACGACAGGUGAAGCGAUUCUGAGACCGCUUUCACCGCCCACGGAACCCCCAGCCAUCCCCCAGAGACCGGAACAGGAAGACUUGAGCCCUGUUGUUGGCGAUUAUCUCAAGAUGCAGUUCGUAGAGUAUCGUGUGGUUCCCAGCAUUCUCUCCUUCUUCUUUGGCUACCCCUGGAACAAUUUCUUGCAUAACGUUGUCUAUGAUAUUGUGCAACAGGUUUUCAAUGGUCCCAUGGACCGUGGCUUCAACCCAACCCUGGCCAUUUCGCUGUUUGAGGCCGCCGACAUUACUACUGCCAUCAUCAACGGCCAGCUAGCCAGCGACGAGUCGCAAGCCAGGAUGAAGACACGCAUGGGCUACAUGGGCCAUCUAACUCUGAUCGCCGAGGAAGUGGUCAAGUUUACGGAACGCCAUCCGCCCGAGCUGCUGUCUGAAACUGUCCUCGACCGCGUCAUGGAUCAGAACUGGAUCAGUUAUGUCGAGGGCGCCCUUGCCGAGACAAGGGAACGAGACAACGCAAUUCUGGGAGGCGUGCGGCCCGAAGUCGCACUAGGCAACCGUGCCGGUGUGUCCGGCAACGGGCUUGCCUCGGCUGGUCUGUCCGGGCUGGGUUCGUCUUUCAACAGCAACUCACAGAGCAACAGUGGCUCCAAUGCCCUGGCCGAAGCUGGCCUCAACGGUGGCCUCGAACAGCAGGAUAACAACGGUAUUGGGCCAUUCGCUAUCAGCGCCGGCACUUUGAUGUCAGGCUUCGGGAGCUCCAGUGACGAAGACGAUGACGACGCAGAUGACAACGAUGAAGACGUUGCUAACGAGGUGAGUUCCGACUUCUGGAGUUCACAUCACACGGCGGCAGAACCGCCCCGCUAUCCCCUGUCCGACGGGUUGGACGCGGAGGACGAGGCUGCCAGAGGUCAAGCGUAG